UUACAAAUGUCAAUAUGUUUGCUACUGCGCCGUGUACUGUACAGCGACAACAAACCUUCCCCCAAACAUGAAUGUCGAAUAAACGCCACACUAGACGGCUAAAAUAAUCAUUUAUGUGACCAAAUAUGUUCAAUUUAACCUCAUAAGAUGUUAAGUAUGAUAAAAUUUGUGGGGAAAGUCAGUGAGCAGAGGAUACAUUUGUUAGUUGGCAGACAGUUAAAGGAAUUUUUGGGCUCCUGUGCGGUGCGUCCUUGCAGUUUCCAGGCCUCACCCUCAGGCAGAAUAAAUGCCCGGCAAGCAGCGGAUAUUUGGAGGAAACGCUUUGAGUUGAACGGUGUGACUGAGCCUGACCUCUCCAGUCAGUACAUCAUUGCCCAUGUCCUCGGGGCUAAGACUAUAGAAGGAGUUGAGCAGCAUAGGUUGUCUGCAUUUCUCACCCAAGAGGAAACACAGCAAAUAUGGAAACUCUGCAAAAAACGCCUCUCCAGGAUGCCUGUGCAGUAUGUGAUCGAAGAGUGGGACUUCAGAGAUGUGACACUCAAGAUGAGGCCUCCCGUAUUCAUCCCACGACCUGAAACUGAGGAGUUGGUAGAAUUAGUUGUUACUGAUCUGCAGAGGAAGACUGGCUCACCUACGUGUUUGGAAGUGGGAUGUGGCUCUGGUGCUAUUUCUCUUAGCCUGCUGAAAAAUCUGCCACAGCUCAGAGCCGUUGCAGUGGACCAAAGUGAGGAGGCUGUGGAAUUGACAAGAGAAAAUGCAUUAAGAUUAGGGCUUCAAGACAGAUUAAAAGUCUAUCACGCAGAUGUCACAAAAGAUGCAGAGACCGUGUCGAAGCUGUGUAGCAAUGUCUCUGCAUUGGUCAGCAACCCUCCCUACCUCUUCUCAGACGAUUUGCCUUUGCUGGAACCGGAAAUUCUGAGGUUUGAGGACCACGCCGCCUUGGACGGGGGAAAAGACGGCUUGAAAGUGAUUCGCCAGAUUUUAACCCUGGCUCCCCGGAUUCUGUCAGAUGACGGCUGUGUUUACUUAGAGGUGGACCCCAGACACCCCCAGCUCAUUCGGCACUGGGUGGAGGUCAACGUGGAGUGGCUGCAUUUGGCAGAGACGCGACCCGACAUCACCAGCAGGCCUAGAUUUUGCAUUCUUCGGAAAGCCAAGUCAAACGACCACGAGCUGCACCUGGGUUGAGAAAACCAGAUCCUAUUAGGGUGGCUUUAGGCCCGCUCGUCAAAACCGCUUCUCCCCCUCCGCUCCCGAGCCGCCAAACACGUUCCGGCUUUAAUCUCUCAAAAUUCUCCUAUUUUUUGCCGCAGGAAUCAUAUAAAUCGACCGUGCUGCUGCGCUUUUUAAUCCACGUACGCCCCGUGCCACGGUAACAUUGAAAAAUGUGUGUGCGGUGGCACAAAAGCGGCUCAAAGCUGAAGGUAAUUACCAAGGCUUUUCUUAGAAGCCUCUCUCUCAGAACCGUACCCUCCUCCCUGGAAGCAUUUUGUAGUUCCGUGAAUCGCCUGAUGAACGGUCCUCCCCUUUGCCCGUCCACUCGCUGACUCAGAUGCAGGCGCACACACGCACAAUGUGGCCUUUACUGCCUCGUGCAAUCUCACACACACAUCAGGCCGCACGGUCUUUCUUCAUUCCUAAAGCGAUCAAAAGGCUCAAAUAUUUCCCGUACGCCGCUACGGCCAAAACAAUCCUCAUCUGGAGCCAAAUUAAAACUGUCAUCAUUGUUGGUGUAUGACUGAAUGUCGCUGAGAUUCAAAAGGGAAAUUUAACGACAUUUCGCGGAAACCAGUCGAGUAGGUUUAGUGUAAUCCAUCUCAACACAAAUAAAAGGACCACCUCUUGGGGACAAAAUGUCUCAACAGCUCUUGUCACCGUGUAUCACUAUAUGAAGUACGAGAUUUCCUUUUUAAGGAUAAAAUCUUUAAUAUAAGACUGAGGAACAUGAUAUUUAUACAUACACGAUUAAGCUAAGGUUUGUAACCUUACGUACGUACACACUAUCAAUCAAGUUUGAGGGUCACAUAGAAAUAUUUGUUUUUUUAAGGAAAUGAUUACACAUCACCAAUGUCUGCAUUUAUUUCUGAUUAAUAUCUUCAUUGAGAAAAAAAUCCUCUUAAAAAAGAAAAGGACACUUCCAAAUGACGGCAUGGUUUUGAAUGGUAGUGUAUGUACAAUUGUGCUCAUAAGUCUACAUAUACUCGCAGCGUAUGUACAUGAGUGAUCAAGAAAAAAAAAAAUACUGUUUUUUAAUUUGAAUGGGAUUCAUAUGAAAUUACAGGGCAUUUCAGAACGGCACAAUCAUUAAAUAAUAGCAAUAAAGAAAACAAUGAGAUGGU